GUAGAGAGGGACACGAACAACAAGGCCUUUUUCCCUCGCCAGCUGUUCCGUCCUGCGAGUCUGUUGAGAGAGAGAGAGACCUUCCUCCCGUCCCUUGUUCCCUCCCUCCCCAUUCCCAUUUUCUUCUUUAUCGUUCUUCACUUCUUCUCCUUCCAUCUUCGCAAGACCUAAUUCGUUAAUUAUUUAUUAAUCAAUUUUGAUCCUGUUAACUUUAUCUUGACUAGAAGGUCCUGAUUGGGCUGAUCUCGCAUCCGAUCUGGAGAUUCAGAGCAUUCGCUGGAUCCGAAAGUGGGGUGAUUGAUUCCUGCAUCUCGAUACACCUUCUAGUCUUCUGAUAAUGACGGCGGAAACCCCCCAAGUUCAUUGCCAACUUUCUGAGGUUGCGAUGGAGGAGGAGAAUUCUGGGUUGAGUUCGCAUCAGGACCACCUGCUCAAUGUCGGUGGACAUUGCAAUGGGAUAAAUAACAACAAUAAUAAUUGUAAUAAGAAGAAUGUGGGUGGGAAGGAUGAUCCUGACGGUUCUUAUGUCUUUGUAAGCCCUAGCGAAUCCGCUAAUGGUGAUCUCAUCGAUAGGGAUCUCGAAGCAGAUGGCGUCAACAAGUCGCACGUGGUUUCUGAAUCUAUUGAUGUAGAGGGCCAAGUUGGGAAAUUGAAGCAUGAUAAUGGCGAAGUUGCACCUGCGGAGUCUAAUUGCGUUGGUGUGGAGUCUAAUUGCAUUGGUGAGGGCACUGAUGUAGUCCCCCCAGUAGGCAAACAAAAGCCCACUGUGGCUGGAGUUGAUGUUGUUGGGCAGCAGGUCCAAUUUCCAAUUGACAUUGUGGAAUCUGUUUGCGAGGAGGGGCUUAUUAAUGGAGAUGCAAGACUUGACAAGGAAAUUGAGCCGGAUUCUGCUUGUGAUCUUGAACAGAAUCAGGAAUUUCCGGCAGAGGUUGAUCGAAGCAGAACACCACUGCUUAAUGAUGGAAAGAUUGAGUCUAAGGAACAAAUUAAUUUAAGUUCAGGUGCAGAGUCAGGGGCUGUUGUGGAAUGCCAAGUGCUGGUUUCCGAGGAGGACAAACCUGUGAAACAAAUUGCCAGUGAAAAUAGCGAACAAGCACAAGCUGUGUUUUCAGAGCCUUCUGAAUGCGACUCCUCAUUGCUCAAUGAAGGCAAGUUGAAUUCUGAGGACCAUGCUAUUGUAGAGUUACCUGCAGAGCUACAAGGGAGUCAAGAAUCCCAAGUGAUGGUUUCAGAGGCUGCUGAGUGUGAGUUGCCUGGGGUUGAGGUUCAGCUUGAUGAGGAAAAUUUAAAUUUAAAUUCAACCGCUGAGUUAGGGGAGGAAUCUCAAAUGUUGGUUUCGGAGCUUGGUGAUCUCAAUCAUGGGGAGGAGAAACCCGAGAAGCAAAGUACGCCAACAACUGCAGAUUUUAGGGAGAGCGAGGACACACAGAUUGUCGAUUCAGAGCCUUCUGAAUGCAAAUCAUCAAGCAAUGAUGAAACCAUUUUGAAAUCCGAGGAGAGUGCUUAUAUAGAGCUAUAUACACAGGUGGAAGGGAGUGACGAGUCUCAAGUUAUUGUUUCAGAGGCUGCGAAAUGCAAGUCGCUUGAUGUUGAUAUGACAGAGGUGAUUGCUGAGGUAGAAUCUGCUGAAUUGCAGUCUCAUCAUCUUGAUAACGGGGAUGUAAAGCUUGAUGAGGAAGAGAAAGCAGAUUUGACAUCGAAUGUAAAAGAAAAUCAGGAAUCACAGCUAUUGGUACAUGAUUGCCUUAAUGGUAGAUCAGAAGAGGUGAACGAAAUAGCAAAAUUAGCCAAUGAAACCGUCCCAUUGGAAGCAGAAGUUGCUGACGAACAUGUUUUGCAUUUAAGUAAUGGCAGCUGCCCUAGUCCUCGUGUAUAUGGUGGUAUGAUGCAAGAUCAAGUCUGUAAUGAACUCAUUCAUGGCUGUCAAAAUACAACUGAAUUCAAUGGCUCUGCAAACAUCGAAAGCUUGCCUGACUCUGCUGAUUGCCAGAGAUCAGAAUUUGAGACCGGGAAUCUCUGUUGUCCCGCUGAAGAGGCCAAAGUAGAAAUUGAGUUUAAGCAUGACACUGUCGAAGGCGAGAUAUCAACAAGUUUUAACAAGGUGAGCUCAGGAACUGAAAGUGUUCUUUCUGCUAACCCUGUAGGAAAUAUAUCAACUUCACGAGGUGCCGAAGUUAAUAGCGAGUCUGAAGUUUCAAAUGGGGUGAUAGAUUGUGCAUCCAUCCAGCCAAUUGCAGUUGAUAGUCUUGAUUCUGAAUAUCAUGCUAUUGAUGAACUUCAAAAUGGAUAUGGUGCUAACAUGAAGUCAGAAUCUCACAUUGAGACCUGUCCUCCGGUAAGCAUACAAGAUAUGCCUAGCAGUGAUCGGGACAUAUCUCAAUCUGAGGUUGUGGAUAGCUCCGUUGUUAACUCUGGAAGCGAGCCAAGCUAUGUCCAGGAGGCUUGGGGUGUCCAAGAAGAUGGAGAUAAAGUUAAUGGUGGAGAUGGAGAUAAUUUUGACGUCCUUAAGUGUCAAAAGGUUGAUGCUUCGGAUGGAAAUAUUGCUGAUGCUUUGAAAGAAAAGAGUUCUGAUGCUUUGAAUGAACAGAGUGCGGGGGUAGAGGGUGUGAAGAGGCCAUUCAACUUCUUGAUUAAGGUUCCAAGAUUUGACGAUGAAAACCUAAGAGAACAAAUCAGACAUGCCCAUCUACAAGUUAAUGAGAAAACACACCAAAGGGAUGCCAUUCGAGAUGAUAUUCACAUGAUUACGGGAAGUCGUCAGCAACUUCGUGAUGGUUGCGAAGCUGCCAGAUCAGAAGAGAGAGGUGCAAGAGGAUUACUUAAUUUGAAACGCAAGGAAAUAGAUUCUGUCCAAUAUGUGAUUAAUAGGGUGAAGAAUGCUAUUUCUGUUGAGGAUAUGAAUGUCAGGAUAAACAAUAUGGAGCACAUGAUACAACAUGAAACACUGCCUUUGAAAGAAGAAAAACAUCUCAUUCGUCAGAUCAACCAACUGAAGCAUCUUCGUGAUCAGCUUUCUUCUAACAUGGGUAGCCAGGAUGAAGUUCAGCAGGCUCUGGAUCAGAGAGACCAAAAUGAGGAGAAGCUGAAGAUUUUAAAGAAGGAACUCGAUUGCCUCAAGGUCAAGGUUUCAAAAACUCAGGCAUCCGCUUUGGCAGCAGAUGAGAAAUGGAAUGAGGAAAGCAAAAAGCUCAACGAACUUCAUGUUCAGUUUAGAGCAGCAGAUAGAGUCCGUCAAGAAGCAUACAUGCAUUUGCAGAAUCUGAAGGGACAAUUGUAUGAUAAGAACGCACAGUUUCGGAAGUACAAGAACGAUACAACAGCAGCUUAUGAGUACGCAUCCAAUCAGGACAAAGAGGGACUUCACCGUCUUUGUGUUAAUCAGGUGGAGAAAAUCAUGGACUUAUGGAACAAGGACCAUGAGUUCCGAAAAGAGUAUCUCAGAUGCAACACAAGGAGUACGCUGAGGAGAUUUAGGACGUCUGACGGUCGUGCACUUGGCCCUGAUGAGGAGCCGAUUGCACUGCCCAACUUUGUGGAUGAUAGGUCUCUUCCAACCCCUUGCAACGAAACCUCUGAGUUACCAAUUUCCACACUGGAACAAGAAAAGCAAGGGUCAACCAUGGCAGGUGAAGGAACAUAUAGUAAAUCCACAGUAAAGGUGGUAGAACAAAUUGAUCAGACAGCAAAUGCUAAAAAACCUGGGAAGCCUACUUUGAGUACUGGCUUGGAAACUGUUUCUGGUAGGGACAAGGCUGAAGAGAUGUCCGAGGUAGAGCCUAAAAAAUCAAAGGAGGAGCAAGAGUUGGCCAGGAAAGAAGAGGAAUUGAGGAAGGAAGCAGCAGCAGCCAAGCUGAAAGAACAACUACGGCAGGAGGAGAAGGCCAAAGCUAAGGAGGCAUUAGAGAGGAAGAGAAGAAAUGCAGAGAAGGCCCAGAUUAAGGCUGAGUUACGUGCACAGAAGGAGGCUGAACAGAAAGAGAAGGAAAGGGAGAAGAAGGCAAAGAAGAAGGAGAGAAAGAAGGCAGCUGCCUCGGAGGGCUCUGAUGGUAACAAUGAAGGAGAAACUGCUCUGACAUCAGAAUCCCCAUUUUUUACUGCCAAGGAGGCCGAAACCGAGGAGAGUCCUGUGACAAUUACAAAAAGGCCUCAAAAAGCAUCCCAGUUUACAAAGCAGAGCAAGACAAAAUCUAUCCCUCCACCUCUUCGCAACAGGGGUAAAAGAAGGAUGCAGCAAUGGAUUUGGAUCAUUUUUACUGCCGUGGUGGUUCUUGCCCUGUUCUUGUUGGGUAAUAUUGGCUUCUACUCCAACCUUGGGCACAACCUUCGAAUGCGAAACUAUGGCUUCUGAAUAGUUUUGCCGGCUGGUUGGCAAUCAACAAGGGUUGGUGGACAAGAUAAAGUAGACAAUUCUUUUUACACCGAGGUGUUGACAGUGACUCUCGAAGAUGGCAGAGAUAGAAUGCAAACAGAGGCGGGGAAGGAGUUAUCGAUUCAUAACGGUUAUAGCGAGCUCUUUCAUUCUCUAUUUGCUACAUGUUCCACCCACUCCUCGCCCUUGUUUUUUUUUCCUUUCGUUGGCUUUCAGUUGUUAUAAUUGGCUUUUUAUUUUACACACAUAUGAUAGUAGAUUGGUUCUGUGAUAUGGUAUAUGAACUAGAACGGAACAGUUUCAGUUUUGCUUCCAACCAUUAUGGUAAUAAACACAUUUAUUCGUGGCA